GGACGGUGCCACAACUUCGGCGAGCGGGUGUGCUACGGCUCGAACUUGAGCGAGGAUAUCGGCAAGAAGCUCAAGGGGGUGCAGCUUGAGUCACCGACAUCGGCCUUUGAGAUGGUGGGGUAUUGGGCCUUCACUCCCACAAGGUAAGUAUCUGGUCCCCCUUCUCUCCGACUUCCUGCAUCCUUGCGUUCCAAAAUGUCCAAACAAACCUUCAAAAUCGCCGCCAUCCCCGGCGACGGCAUUGGCGUCGAUAUCACACAAGCCGCCAUCCGCGUCCUCGACACCCUAGCACACGUCAACGGCACUUUUUCCUUCGAGUACACCAACUUCGACUGGUCCUCAAAAGCCUAUCUCGAGCGAGGAUGGUAUAUGCCGCCGGACUGGGAGGAGCAGCUCAAGAAGCACGAUGCCAUUUACUUCGGCGCGGUUGGCUGGCCAAGCGUCCCGGACCACAUCAGUCUCUGGCAGAUGAUUUUGCCUAUUCGGCAGAGAUGUAACCAAUAUGUCAAUGUGAGACCCACGAGGAUCCUGAAGGGUACGCAUCCGCCGCUCGCGCAGUUGCAGGGAAAGCCGUCGGAUCUGGAUUGGGUUAUUGUUAGGGAGAACAGUGAGGGCGAGUAUGCGGGUCAAGGUGGCACGACGCAUGGGCAUGAGGCAAAUGCUGUUGCUACUGAGCUUGCUAUUUUCACUCGGGUCGGGAUUGAGCGGAUCAUGCGGUUUGCGUUUGAGACGGCGAAACUGCGGCCGCGGAAGAAGCUGACAAUGGUGACGAAGAGUAAUGCGCAGAGGCAUGGGAUGGUGUUGUGGGAUACUGUGUUCUAUGAGGUUGCUAAGGAGUAUGAUGGCGUGGUCGAGUAUGACAAGAUGCUGGUGGAUGCGAUGACAGUGCGCAUGGUGAACAAGCCGGAGAGUAUGGAUACGAUUGUUGCAACGAACUUACACGCCGACAUCCUCUCCGACCUCGCCGCCGCUUUGGCAGGCUCGAUAGGCAUUGCUCCGUCUUCAAACCUCGAUCCGACGCGAUCUUGCCCUUCCAUGUUCGAACCAAUCCACGGCUCCGCGCCUGAUAUUGCGGGUAAGGGUAUUGCGAAUCCCGUUGGCGCGUUUUGGUCGGCGGCGGAGAUGGUGAGGUGGCUGGGCAAAGGUCAGCUCGAUGAGGUCGCAGAUAAAUUCAUGGUAGCUAUCGAAAAUGUGACUGGUCAGCCGGAGACGCGGACGAAGGAUAUGGGUGGGUCGGCGAACACGGAGCAAGUCACCGAAGCCGUAUGUAAGGAGAUUGAGAAAGUCUGUGGGAGGUGAACGGACAUACCUCGACGCAUGUCCGACCACUUCUCCCCGCGCCCACAGGCCGGUGUAAGUCUUUCGGAGAUAUGUCUGAGGCAUGAUCUGGAAGAUUGCGACACCACGCAAGGCGCAAUCGUCUUUCUCGUCGGUUUGAUUAGCCCACCGGAGUCAGUCGUGCUAUAACUGAAGAUCGUUCCGAGGCCGAGCGAUGUGUCGAACAGCACCGGGUCAGUCUCAAGGACUACCAAGAUUAUACUCGGUGCUUGCAUAAGACUCGCUUGCGCUGCGAUGCUCAGCAUGGCGCAGCUGCUCAGGCCGAACCUCUUGGAGUCAAGCAGCGUUGGUUACGCUGCUCGUAUGAUCUGAG